AUGGAGGGAAACGGCAAGCAAAAGGACGCCACGGAUAGUGCUCCGAUUAGACCGGUGUCUUCCCUGCUUUCGCAUUUCGAAAAUCUCUCGCAUCGUCGGGCUCCAUCCGCUGCCACAAACGGUUCACGCGAUACGCCGUCCUUUCUCAGAACUCCCGAUUACGGUGACGAUGUCCGCUCCAACAGAGCCUCUCUUGACCUACCACGUCCACGGUCUCCCUGGGGCUCGGUGCCUGAUGUAGAGAGAAGUCACAGCAUCGUACACGGUAAUGGUCUAGCCCCGCACUCUGAAUCCCCCGGGAUUUCCCCGGGCAGGCGGCAGAACAGGCCCAUGUCGAUGAACCUCCACUCGUCGCCGCAGUUGGCACCGACUCUAACCGUCGAUUCACCACGGUCUCCGCCGCGCGGGUUUGGAGCAGACCAUGAGGAGGAUAUCCGCUCGUCUCGCACCCCGCCGAACGCUUCCCGGGAAUCGCUGCCUACCAUACCGCAAGGGAUUCCUCCCGCUCGCCGACCAACAACCCCCGUCUCUUCGUCUUUCCCUACCGAGAGUAAAGCGGAUCGUUUGUCGCCAGGCACAUCAGGCUCCGUGGUAAAUGGCCGCGAGAGUCCAUCGGAACGCAAAGGCAAGAGCGUCUCCCUUCCCCCGCCUGCUAACCGGGCGGAGAAGCCUAAGAUCCCCGCCAAACCGGCGGCAUUGUCGCACCACGAAGCCAACACUCUUGCUCCACAGCUUGAGCGUGCGUCCUCGGAAGAUCGCGUAUCGCCAUUCAGCACUCCUCCGAGCAGUCCCGAGAAAACGUCACCAAAACAACAACCCAAUACCAGAGCGGUGCCAAUUCCGCGCUCGCCCUCCCGGCGUUCGCCAGCCCGUCCAGUACCUGGCAUUCCGACUCACCGGUCACUUGAGGAGAGGUCACCCGCUCCUCAGCCAGGUGUACAUCGAGAGCCCUCCGUGAGGCGGCCAAUCCCGGAGCCUCCCCGUGAGACGAAGCCGCUUAUGGUCCAGAUCCCUCCCAGGCAUUACGUAGCACCGGAGCCGCUCGCAACCGCACCGCUCUCCAACUACAGGCCCCCGACGCAUGAUCCUCAGGAGCGCCCCGGACUGCCCCCACGACAGCCGUCCCUGGCGCGAAGGGGUGGUCCAUCACCGUCGCGGCAUUCGUACCAGGUGGAAAGCCCUGCGUUCUCGCUACCUCCCCCAACACCCUACCGCGAAUCUCGGCCCCUUUAUCGUGACGAGCUACCCACCCCGACGCAGGUCUCUCGGCAGCCAUCGAUUUCUAGGGAAACUCGGCCCGUUUAUCGAGACGAGCUACCAACCCCGACGCACGUCUCUCGGCAGCCGUCUAUUUCCAGGGAGACUAGGCCAGUGCCGCCCCCGGCUGUCCCGGAGCGGCCCAUGCCAGAGCGGACCGUGGUGGAACGUCAAGCAGUUCGCCCUAUUCCUAGUGAGGAUGAACAGGUUCCGGAUGAGACUCCAGUUGCUCGCACGGAUUAUCCAGAUGCGUCCAGUGCAAACAGACGGCCACCGCUGCUGAAGUCUGGGCCUCAGGAGAUCCACACGCGGUAUGAUACGCGACUCAUGGAUGUAUGUGGGAAGCAUGUGUGCACAACUGGCUACAUCACGCGGGUCUGGGAUCUUACGACCGGAGAGCAAAUCAUGAGCCUCAGCCACGGGGAGACAGUCAAGUGUCUGUCGGUUGCCUUCAAGCCAGGUUUGGGUUUGGAGGAUGAAGGUCAGCGCUUAUGGUUGGGCACAAAUUCCGGGGAUCUUCACGAGGUUGACAUUGCAACCCGGUCCAUCGUCGCAUCACGAUCUUACCCCUCUCGACGGGAGAUUGUCAAGAUCUUGCGGCAUAAGAAGGAAAUGUGGACCCUCGACGAUGAGGGUCGGCUGCUGGUAUGGCCGCCAGACGAGACUGGAACUCCGAACCUCCAGUACAGUUACCACAACCCCUACGAUCGCGUUGCCCGCGGGCAUACGUUUUCAAUGGUGGUUGGUGACCUUUUGUGGCUGGCUUCCGGCAAGGAAGUGCACGUUUAUCAGCCAAAUGCUCGCGAUGAUGUUUCCUUCAAGGUUCUCAGCAGGCCAUUGGGCUUGCAGCAUACGGGGGAUGUAACGUCAGGUGCCUAUACCACCAAGGACGGUGGUCGUGUGUACUUGGGUCAUGCAGAUGGAAAGGUGACGGUAUACUCGGCCCACGACUACACGUGUCUUUCUGUUGUCAAUGUCAGUGUCUAUAAGAUCAACUGCUUGGGUAUUGUGGGAGACUACCUGUGGGCAGCAUACAAGACUGGCAUGAUCUACGUCUACGAUACGUCUACGAAUCCGUGGACGGUGAAGAAGGAUUGGCGUGCUCAUGAUAGCCCUGUCAGUGGGUUCUUACUUGAUUCUAGCAGCGUGUGGACGAUGAACCGACUGCAGGUGACUUCGCUGGGAGACGACAAUUGCAUCCGUCUCUGGGACGGCAUGUUGGAAGAUGACUGGUUGGAAACGAGGAUGCAGGCCAGAGACGUGGAGUUUUGCAAGUUCCGUGAGAUUCAGGCGGUAAUCAUGACCUGGAACGCGGGUGCUUCUACCCCUGGAAGCGUGCGCACAUCCACUUUCAUCCAGGAUGCGAUCCAUCCCGAGAAUCCGCCAGAGAUUUUGGUGUUUGGAUUUCAGGAGCUGGUGGAUCUUGAGAAUAAGAAGAUCACAGCCAAGAGUCUGCUCCUCGGUAGCAAGAAGAAGGAGCACGGUGAUAAAGAGCAUAUGAGCCGUCAGUACCGGGUCUGGAUGGAGCAUUUGACCCGCUGCAUCAAUGACUGCAUGCCGCUUGAGGAGUCGUAUGUCCUGCUGCAUAGCGCGAAUCUGAUCGGUCUCUUUACAUGUGUGUUCGUGAAGCACAAGGAGCGGCAGCGGAUCAAGAAUAUUGGUGCUUCAGAGAUCAAGCGCGGUAUGGGAGGCUUGCAUGGGAAUAAGGGUGCACUUUUACUGCGCUUUGUCCUCGAUGACAGCUCCCUUUGCUUUAUCAAUUGCCACUUGGCAGCUGGUCAGACGCAGACGGCACACCGCAACAAUGAUAUCGCAGCUAUUCUUGAGGCGGAGUCACUUCCUGCUGAGAAUAGUCUCGCAACUCGAGCGAAUCACUACGUGAGCGGUGGCGAUGGCUCAAUGAUCAUGGACCACGAGAUCUGUAUUCUAAACGGUGAUCUCAACUACCGUAUCGACUCCAUUCCGCGGAAUGUAAUCAUCGACGACAUCCGCAGCAACAACCUGACCAAGCUACUGGAACGCGACCAGUUGCUCGCCUCGCGACGCAAGAACCCAGGCUUCCGUCUGCGUUCCUUCAACGAGGCACCCAUUACGUUCGCACCAACAUACAAAUAUGACGUCGGCACCGAUGAGUAUGACUCCAGCGACAAGAAGCGCGCUCCAGCGUGGUGUGACCGAGUUCUCUAUCGCGGACUGGGCCGCGUCCGGCAACUAGAGUACCGCCGACACGAAGUCCGCGCAUCCGACCAUCGACCAGUGAGCGCUACAUUCAAGCUGCGCGUCAAGACAGUGCUACCGACCGAGCGAGCGGGGACCUGGGAGUCAUGUCAGCAGGAGUUCCAGAACGAGAAGCGCCGACUUGCAUCAGAAGCGAGGCGCGGGCCCUGA